UUAUUUACAAACAGUGUUGUAUUGCUCCAUACUCCAUAAAUGUGUCGUCAUCAGCUGUUCGAUCGUAGUGCGUGCGCAAGCAGGAGUAUAGUAAUACGUCAGCAGGAAAAUGAUCCGGUGCAUUUCGCAGGAAAUUUAGAACUUCCUGUUUAGACGUCAUUUUCGCGUUUCUAAGUUCGUAAACUAGGAAAUUUUUGUUUAAAAGCAGGAAUUUUGAUAGUUUUUGCGAUUCUAUUAGAGAGGAUUUUCGUGUUGAUUUGAGUGAUGGUAGAAGGAAAAAUUGUAUAAAAUAUCAGGAUUUUCCUGGACUAGGAAAAACGGAAGAAGAAAUUAGUUAGGUGGCGCAAGCUCAGGCGAUGCAAUCUUUGGCAGGUCCGUAUAGUGUAUAGAGAUAGGGUAUAUUCGUCGAGCGUCGAGACGGAUCGUACGUCCUCGUAGAUCGUGGAUCGCGGUCCUCCAUGCAAACCAAUGACACUAACAUGAAUGUAGGCUGGUGGUUCACUGGUUGUGUGUUCACGUUCAGACGGGUGUAUGUAUAUGACAUAACGCAGAUACAGAUACGGGACACCGUGCUCGACCUCUACCUCUAGUCAGUGACGUAUACUCAUGGGGGAGUUUAGUUCUAGUGCUAAUACGAAUGCAAACAUCGGUUUGAGUGUUGUGGAGAUAUCUGUGAAUUCGGCCAAAAGCAACCCGACGACGUUAUUCUACACCACACCUACGACGUCUUCGUCGACGUCGAAUUCGAACGCGAAUAGUGGAAAUUCUAAUUCCGUCACCGUCGGUCGAGACGGCUCGCCGAAGGGCUACAACCCGACGAUGCAAGAUGACCUCUCGGUUUCGAUGUCCAUAUCCGAGAAAUCGGCCCCCACGGUGUCCUCCAUCGCCGGCGUCAGCGCCGAAGAACUGGUCACAUCGCCUUCGUCUGUAUCGACGUCGUCCAUCGGCCUGGAUAAGAACGUAUCGGCCGCUGUAGCGGCGGCCGUCGCGGCCUCGAAGGACUGCGGUAACUCCGUUAACGAUCUACCGAAAGAAUUGAACGCGAAAACGGUGCCAUCGUUGCAGCCGCUCUUCCAUUCGGCCGAAGCCAGCACGCCAGCUGGUGCACUGUGGUCGACCGCUAUCGAGGAUGGUUACGCUCCGAAUUUCACGAACGUCAACGGCGGGAUGGGUUUCCAGAAUUUCUCUUCGCCCACCCAGCAGCAGUUGUUCGGUGCUGGCGGGGGCGGCAACAACUUGAAUCAGAACCACGUGAACCAAGGUCGAAGGGCCAUCACAGCUAGUCAUAACUUUCCCCCUAACAUGGCGAGGCAACAGUCCCUUUCGAAUCAUCCGCUUUAUAAAGGAUACGGUUCUUGGGCCAAUCCUCCGGGUCAGAACUGGUCGCCGGGUAAUUCUUCCGUAUGGAAUCGCGGUCGUAGCGUACCGAAUUUGACACCCUUGCAACAAAUGGGAGUGGGACUUGCGGCCGGUCGGAAACCUAGUCCCACUUUUAAUCAACAGCAGGUCAUUUCGCCAGUUAAAUUUCGCAGAAGUACUUCGUAUCCAGGGAAAGGACCGUUUCCUCAACCACCCACGUUCGAAAUCACCAACAUGGAUGAAGCUAGAGAAAUGCUGCCUUAUCAGGAUCGAUGCGCCGUGGUGAACGCGAAUGGUAGCAGCCCUUUAGAAAAUAUGAGAGGAUUAGAUUAUUUUUUGAAUGAUAUUAUGAGUCCACACAGCAAUACAAAUGAUAUGAAAGGCUUUAUAAAUACUGCUAACAUGUUUCCAUCGUUACAAUUACAUGGUAAAUCACAUUACUUUCCGAACCUGGAGGACCAGGCUGGACCUGUCCUCUUGGAGGAACCUCCUAGUCACCUAGUCGAUAGUACCUUGGGCACGCAGCCGCUGAGCUCGCCGUCGCGGUCGUCGCCGCAUUCGCAGGGCUCCGAGGGCGGCGAGCGCUUCUCCAGGAAGGUGUUCGUCGGCGGGCUGCCGCCGGACAUCGACGAGGACGAGAUCACCGUCAGCUUCAGGCGAUUCGGGCCGCUGGUGGUCGAUUGGCCGCACAAGGCCGAAAGCAAGUCGUACUUCCCGCCGAAGGGAUACGCUUUUUUAUUAUUUCAGGAUGAAAAUUCUGUACAAAGUUUAAUAGAUGCUUGUAUAACUGACGAAGAUAAGUUGUAUUUAUGUGUAUCGUCCCCGACAAUUAAAGAUAAACCUGUACAAAUACGACCCUGGAGAUUAUCAGACGCGGAUUUCGUUUUGGACGCAUCCAUGCCCUUAGAUCCUAGGAAAACGGUGUUCGUCGGCGGUGUUCCACGACCACUUAAGGCUGUUGAAUUAGCAAUGAUUAUGGAUAGACUGUACGGCGGUGUGUGCUAUGCGGGUAUAGACACCGAUCCGGAAUUGAAGUAUCCGAAGGGCGCUGGACGAGUAGCUUUUAGUAAUCAACAAAGUUAUAUAGCGGCGAUCAGCGCACGUUUUGUACAAUUGCAACACGGCGACAUUGAUAAAAGGGUAGAAGUAAAACCUUACGUUCUCGAUGACCAAAUGUGCGACGAAUGUCAGGGGCAACGGUGCGGUGGCAAAUUCGCACCUUUCUUCUGCGCUAAUGUCACUUGUUUGCAGUACUACUGUGAACAUUGCUGGGCAACGAUUCAUUCGAGGCCUGGCAGGGAGUUCCACAAGCCGCUGGUGAAGGAAGGGGCCGACAGGCCCAGGGCUGUGCCAUUUCGUUGGUGUUAACGCAGGAAGGCUUAGUACUGCGGCCGAGGGCUGCUCCACUUUUUAGCUUAUUACCAUACCACUGUGGUCGGCAGCCCGACAGUUUAUUGCUUAGGCCAAAAUUUUAUAGUAGCGAUUAUACAAAUUUUUCGAUAUAUUUGAGAUCAUGAAUCAGUCCGAAAUAUAUGCGAUAUUAGGUGAUUUUUUAGCCGAGGCCCUCUCACCCCGGCAAAGCUUUUUCUAACGGAAAUCCCAAUUGGAAUUUGACUGUUUGUUGAAAUUUUCUCCCACGAAUCUACUUAAAUUCCUUUUGAUCAAUCAUUAUUGGCGUAACGGUCAUGCGACUAAAUCUUUUUUUGUACAUAAUUUCAGUUUCGUAUAAAUAUAUUUUUUAACAUUUUACUUUUUAACGAAGUAAAUAUUU